AUGAGCAAGAGUGGGGCUCGAAGCUCCCGGGCAGCUCCUGCAGCCGGCCUGCCCCUCUCCCCAGGUGCACCCGCCUCGAUGCAGCCGGCUCGCGUGGAGACAGACGCCAUCGGGGCCGGCGGGUCCGGCGAGGGGCCGCAGCAGGCCGUGCCCUGGUCCAUCUGGGUCACGUGGCAGGACUGGGUUCGCUGGUGCUGCUGCCACGUGCCCCGGAGCUGGACCCAGUGGUGGAGCACUUCGGGCUGGCGGCAGCCGCUGCAACGCGUGCUGCUGGGGCUGGAGGGGGUCCUCUACCUGCUGCUGGCACUCAUGCUGUGCCACGCGCUCUUCACCACCGGCUCCCACCUGCUGAGCUCCCUGUGGCCCGUGGUGGCCGCCCUGUGGCGCCACCUGCUGCCGGCUAUCCUGCUGCUGGCGCUCAGCGCCCUUCCGGCCCUGCUCUUUGCCGCCUCCUUCCUGCUGCUGUUUUCCACCCUGCUGAGCCUCGUGGGCCUCCUCACCUCCAUGUCCCACCAGGGUCACAUUCUGGAGCUGGACCAAUAG